AUGAUUUUAUAAAAAUUAAUUCAUUUGAAAGAAAAGAAUAUACAUUUUAUUUUAUGCUAAUUAUGUCUUUUAUUUUUCAUAAUAAUUAUAACAUCUGCUUUAUAGUUAUUUAGUAAAGAAGCAAUAUAUUUAUUUUACUGUUUUCCCAUAUUAUUUAUCUACAUGUUUUUACACUAUUUUUUAUUUUGGUAUUCUUAAAAAGAACUUAAAAGAUUUUAUGCCUUUUUCUAUAUUAUUAAUAUUGUAUAGCUUAUUAUAUUCUCAGUUAUAUUUUUUAGUAUUUAUUUUUUGAUAUUCUAUAAAGUUCAGUAGUAUGAUGAUUUUUAAAAAGUUGAAAAUUGCUAAAUUUAAGGAAAAUAAUCAAAAAAUUUAUCAGGAAAUGAAUAAUAUUCUAUAAACUACGUAGAAAUUGAAUAUGAAGACAUAAAAUAUCUAGGGUAUGGUUGUAUGUCUAAUUAAAAUGAAUAAAAUAAAAUUAUUUAAAAUAUUAAACCUUAUUACAAAACCUAAAAAAAAAAAACAAAUACUCAGGCCAAAACAUAAAAUAAUAACGAAAAUUAAAUUGAUGAUUAAGAUGAAGAUAGUUGUUUAGAUAUAUAUACUUUUAGUAAAGUAAAAAUAGCUAGUUGGAUGUGUUAAUCUAAUAAUUUGGAAUUUUAAGAACUUAUAAAACCUAGAAGUUGCUAUAUCUAUUUUUUUGGAAAUAAAGAAAAAGCAUUAGAAAAUGGAAUAAAUCGAUAAUAAAUAAAAGAUAUAAACGAUUUUAUUUUAGUAAGUUUUAAUUAUCCUUAUCAUUAUCCUUAAAAUUAAUUCUUAUGUUUGAUUAUUUUCGGUUAUUUUCCUUUUAUUUAAUCUUUUGGAAUUAUCUUUUAUAAAUUCGCUUUUUAUUUAUUAAAGAAAUUUUAAAAAAAUAAAUAAGCCCAUGAUUUAGCUAAUUCUGAAGAUGCAAAAACAAAAGUAAGCUCAAAUGAAGUUAUUUAAAAUUAAAAAAUUCUUUAAUAAAAUGUUCUUAAUUAAGAUAUUGAAAAUGAAAUCAAGAGUUUAUAGAAUGAUAAAUAAGAAAAGAAUUAAAUAAAUAAAUAAAAUAUUAAUCCUAAUAAUAAUUAUUAAAUAGAUCAAAAUAAUUAAUACUUAAGUUAAUAAAUUAAUUUUAACGAAAAUAAAUAAAAACUAUGA